AAGUUCAUUUCGAGGUUUAGGGUUUUGGUUCAACUUGACAGGGAUCUUUAACAUGGAGGAUCCAAACAAAAUUAAGGAAAAGGAAGAGAAAGGAAAGGAAGAAGUACGAUAUAGGGGAGUGAGGAGAAGGCCAUGGGGAAAAUACGCAUCAGAAAUUCGAGACCCUACAAGGCAAGGUGCACGUUUAUGGCUUGGGACAUUUGACACUGCAGAGGAGGCUGCUCGAGCCUACGAUCGAGCAGCCUUUAAUCUCAGAGGUCAUAUGGCAAUCUUGAACUUCCCCCGUGAGUACUAUGCUCAACUCAUGGGGGGUUCAUCAUCAUCUCCAUCUCCAUCCCCAUAUCUAUAUCCUUAUCCUUCUUCUGGUAAUGUCCAUAAGAGCUUUGACAAAGGAAGUUCAUCCUCCGGUGAGCAACAAAAGCAGGUUUUCGAGUUCGAGUAUUUGGAUGACAAGGUGUUGGAGGAGCUUCUUGAAACUGAAGACGAGAAGAUUAAGAAGAAAAUGUUGAGAGACUGAAACUUCUUACUCAUGUUCACUGCAUUUUGGUUUGUUUGAUUUCUCUUUCAUUUCCCCUUAUUUUUCAACUAAACUACUAAGCAUACAAGUAUGAGUUUCUGCACUUUGAUUAUGAUUAUGAUCAUUAUGAUAUAUAAAUUUUGAACUUUAUUUAUUAAUAAAAGAUUGAAUUGUUUGACCUAA